ACAGGAUGAAGGACGAUAUUAUCUAUUUGGUGCUGCUUGCUUCGUGCAUCGGUUCUGGGCAGAUCUAUCGAAAGUUCACCGACCCGGAGCAGAAGAAGUUGAUCGGUACCGGGUUCGGAUUGCUGGUGGUGCUAUCCGUCAGCGGGUUCCACAUGCUGCACAUGCUUUUCUGUUAUCUCGUGAGUGCACUGCUGAUAAUCUAUGCUAGCCGAAAAAUAUGUCAUCUCGUGUGCUUUGGGUUUAUGUUCGGCUAUCUGUUCUUCUUCCGCUCGUUGUCCCUGCUGGGGUACGAUUCACCUCCGGGGCAUACAAACAUGAUACAGAUGAUUCUCACGUUGAAGCUUGUCGGUUUGGCGUUUGAGGUGAACAAUGCAUACACCAAGGGAAAAACGAUCGACGAGUCGAAAAAGGCUUCAAACGAAUCUGUGGCUGUGAUGAGCAAUUCGGAUAGCGCCCUGCUAAAGCUUGACAUGCUGGACAUCUUCCAUUACAGUUUCAAUUACGUCGGUGUGCUGACCGGUCCGUACAUUACUUUCAAAACCUAUCGCGAUGCAAUUUACCUACCCUUCAGCGGGAAAGCGGAUUGUCUUGGAGCGACAAUAGAAAAGCUGAAAGUUAUUCCACUGUACGCUGGACUGUUUUUGCUCGUUUCGUACAUCUGGCCAUUGGGGUACGCCACCAGUGAAGAAUUCUACGAAGAUAGGUCAUUUUUCUACCGGUUGAUGUAUGUGUGGCCAACGUUUUUCAUCUUCCGCAUGCGUAUCUACACGGGUAUACUGCUAAGCGAAUGUGUCUGCACGAUGGCCGGCGUUGGAGCUUAUCCGAAGCUUUGCGCUAGUAAACCAGGCCAUGGCCCUAGCAAGGAAGAGUACAGUGUGGAUGAAUUGACGGGAGUGGAAUACGAUUUCGAAACGGUACGCAACAUUGACGUAAUCAACACGGAACGCUGCUGGACGUUCCGGGAAGCCAUGAAAUACUGGAACAUGUGCGUACAGUACUGGAUGGCAAUGUAUGUGUACAAGCGGUUCCCGAGCAAAAAAUAUCGUACCCUCGCAACGCUGGCCGUAUCCGCAAUCUGGCACGGUGUGUACGCCGGCUACUAUUUCUGCAUAUGCGGUGCCCCAUUCUAUCUACCUAUCGAGGAUCUUUACGUGAAGCUGUUCAUCAAGGAUGCUACCGGCCAGAAGCGCACAGUACUGAAUGUACUCUGUUGGAUCUCAAAGUUUUUCGCCUUCUCGUACCUGGGUAUAGCGUUUUUGCUACUAACGGUUGACAAAAUCUGGUACUACUAUAGCUCCGUGUACCAUUUUGGGUACGUGCUGUGGAUUGUACUGUAUGGGGCGGGCGUAUUGAUAGCUAAGCAACGAAAAGCCAAAGCAAAAAAGGAGGCUAAACUAGCACAGCAGGAAACUAGCAAGCAGGACUGA